CAGUGAUGGCCAGACAGUGUGAGAGGGUGGGUGCUAGCGGCGCUCAUUACUAGUGAAUGGUAUUGUACCAUGUUAGUGGGAAAUAACUAGUGACGAGGAUUGCAUACAUCUCUACCAUGGAGCGGAUCUUCGGGGCCAACGACCUACACUGGCAGUAUACUGAUCGCUGUCAACCCGUACAAGGAACUGGAGAUCUACGGCCCCGAAGCAGUAUUGAGAUAUCAGAAGAAGAAGCUGUUAGAGGAGGAGCCGCAUGUGUUCGCUAUAUCAGAGUCAUCAUUCGUGGCCCUGCAGCGCCUGGACAAGAACCAGUCAUGUGUCAUAUCUGGGGAGUCAGGUGCUGGCAAGACAGAGACAACCAAGUUCAUCCUUCAGUACCUGUGUUCAGUCACAUCUGGUGUCUCCACCUGGGUAGAACAACAGAUUAUUGAAGCUAACACUAUCCUUGAAGCAUUUGGUAACGCAAAAACGGUACGAAAUGAUAACUCUAGUCGAUUUGGGAAAUUCAUGCAGGUGUGCUUUGAUUCCUCAUGGCACAUAAAAGGAUGUGUGAUGCAAGAUUACCUUUUGGAGCAGUCACGCAUUACCUUCCAGGGACCACAAGAGAGGAACUACCAUGUAUUGUACCAGCUGGUUGCUGCUGCACAGAACAACAAGGAACUUGCAGACCAGUUUCACCUCCAACCUGCCAAGUUCUACACGUACCUGAACCAAUCUGGCUGCAUUACUAUAGAUGGGGUAGAUGACGUGCGCAAGUUCGAUAAUCUACGCUUGGCUUUCAAUGUUUUGCACGUACCGCCAGAAAUCUGUGAUGGGAUAUAUGGAACCCUUGCGGCCAUCCUCUGGCUUGGCAACUUUGAGUUUGCAGAUAUUGAUGGGGAAAAGUGUGAGUUGACAGACAAUGACAAAGAGGUGCUAACUAUAGUGUCGGAGCUGCUGGGACUGACGGAGGACGAUCUUCUUGGUAUUGUGCUUCAGAGGCAGAUAAAUAUCAGAGGAAACAUAACUCACAUCCCACUCAAACAUGCUGAAGCCAGGGAAAACAGACAUGCUAUGGCAAAAGCACUUUACUCUCGCACAUUUGCAUGGCUGGUGGACCAUAUCAACAAAUGUACCAACCCAGGCCAGGACCAAACUAGGUUCCUGGGCGUGUUGGACAUCUUCGGCUUUGAAAAUUUUGCAGUUAACUCCUUUGAACAAUUGUGUAUUAAUUACACCAAUGAAAAGUUGCACAAAUUUUUCAAUCAUUAUGUAUUUGCUCUGGAACAAGAAAUAUAUCGUCAGGAGGAAAUAAAAUUUUCUCACAUUACUUUUACUGACAACACUGAGUGCCUAGAAUUAAUGGAGAAACCCCCAAGAUGUAUUCUUAAGCUCCUCUCCGAAGAAUGCCGAAUGCCAAAGGGUUCUGAUAAGUCUUACUUGACUAAGCUGCACCAAGAAUUUGAGGGUCAUCCCAACUAUAUCAAAGGUGACGACAGAAGAAAAUGGGAAGUUGAAUUUGGCAUCAACCACUAUGCAGGCAAAGUGAUAUAUACUGUUCAAGGUUUUGUUGAUAAGAACAGAGAUGCGCAACAAGAUGUAUUCUUUGAUCUCAUGAGCAAGUCUGAAAACAAAUUCAUAGCUGAUCUCACAAAAUUUCAGGAUUUACUUGGGUGCACCAUAGCUAGGAUGGGCACCAUACAUAGCACUAUAUCCCGGGGAACCUCCAAAGGCAAACCCACUGUCUCGGAUGCUUUCCGAAACCAACUGCAGGCUCUGGUUGAUGUCUUGCAAUCCACCAACCCUUGGUAUGUGCGAUGUAUUAAGCCCAACAAGAACAAGGCUGCUGAUUCCUAUGAUGAAUCUAUGGUACUGGAUCAGCUGCGAUAUUUAGGCAUGAACGAUAUAAUCCGAAUCAGAAAAGAAGGUUUCCCCAUCCAUAUGACCUUUGAGGAUUUCAUUGGCAGAUAUUUCUGUCUCAAUAAGAAGAGAAGAUAUCCAGACCUCAAGCAGCACGUCUGUGAAAUUUUGAAGAGCCUCAACUUACCACCUAAGGAAUGGCAAGCUGGCAAGACCAAAGUGUUUAUCCGUCAGAAGGUGUACGAGCCGCUGGAAGACCGCCGCCAGACCACUUGUAUUGCAGCGGCAAUAAGGAUACAGGCUCUUGUUCGUAUGCACAGACACAGAAAAGAAUACAACAGAAUACGUGUGGCUUGCUUAGCCAUUCAGAAUCGAUAUCGUGGAUGGAGACUUCGCCUGGCCUUUAUCAGAAAGAGGCGAGCGGUUAUCAUUAUCCAGUCUAACGUACGAGGGAUGUUUGCCCGGGAGAAAAGUGAAAGAAGAAUUGGCUACACUCUCGAACAUGGCAGAAACCGUCAACAACAGGCUUGCUACGUCAGGGCCGACCAACCCAGAUGAUGCGUCGCAAGGCUCAGGUGAAGGAGUCGAUCUUGACAAUCUCUUCUCCUUUCUCUCCAACAUGGAGUCAGAGAAGAACGUGCUGGAUGAAAUUUCCCGACAAAUGGAUGAGUUGGCAGAUAAUGUUGAUGAGGAGAUUGAAGCUUUGAACCGUGCAGAAGAAGCUGAGAACAGCUUGCCACCUCCUCCUGUGAUGGAUGCUGUCAACGACAGGCUUCCUCCUCCACCUGGUGAAAUGCUCUUACCUCUGCCACCUCCCUCAUCCUCCCCACCUCCACCACCACCCAUCAAUGGGGAGUCGAAAUCAAAUCGGGUUUCUCGGGAGAUCAUUGAAAAUGGUGAAGGACCGUUACCCCCACCUCCUCCACAGAUUAAUGGGUACCAUGAAGAAGAGAAGCCCAAAGAACCAAUCUAUGAGACCAUUCCAGCAGGGUUGACAGGAGCCCAAACUCGUCGUGAGCCGAGUUAUGUUUCUGGCCCACCACCUGCAGGUCCUCCUCCAGCUCCUCCUGAAGAAUCUGUUGAGUUGAGAAGACCUAGAGAGGCCACACUGAGGGAGCCAUCAGGUGAGCGAUGGCGCAGAACUUCAGGACAGAAGAAGGUCUCCCGCUCUCCCACGGCUCGUAGUCCGUCUCGCACAGCACGAUCCAGCACAAGAAGUCCUGGAGUGAGUCAAUCACGAUCUAACAGUCGCAACAAUGGUACAGUCGAGGAUCCUGAGAGAGUAGAAAGAAGAAAACAGCGCGUGGAGCGUAAGCUGCACGAGUUGGAGGAGUUGGAAGAAAAUAAGGAAAAUGAGAAUCAAAAUCACUUUGAUAUGAUAGAGUUUGCAGAGAAGUUCUUCAACAACCACGAACGAUCACCCGAAGGCACCAUCAUGUCAACACUGACUCGCAAGCGUUCUACAGCAGAGUUUCUUCCCAAGUAUGAGUUGAUCACGUAUUCUCGCUCAUCUAUCAUCCCCACCUCCCAUGUCCACCUCUAUGAUCCUGAAAACAUCAACCUUGCCUGCACCAUCUUCAGGGACCUGUGCAAGUACUGCCGAGGGGAGUUAAAAACAGAGCAGGAAACAAUGACUAUACAGAGCAUAAUUGGGCACGGCUUGGAGCGGGAGGAAUUACGCAAUGAGAUUUACGUUCAGUGUAUGCGACAAGUGACAAAUAAUCCAAGUGCAGAAUCGCUGGAGCGACUGUGGCUCAUGCUAUGUCUGUGUGUUGUUGCUUUCCAACCUGGCAAGUUGCUUCAUAAAUAUUUUGUGAGUUUCUUGCAAAAGAACCUAACCCUUGAGGGCAAGUUACGGCAAUAUGUUCAGUGGUGUUUGGAGAACUGCAAAAAUACGAAGGUAUCGAGCAGACGACUUCCACCAUCUUCAGUUGAAAUAGCCGCCAUGAAGAAACUGGGAACCAUUGUUUGCAGAUUUUUCUUCUUGGAUGGCCGCACCAAAGCUAUCGAUGUCCAUCCCCGGGACACAGCUAGCGAUGCUAUGCAGAAGUUGGCUGACAGACUGGGUCUGGGAAGUCUAGAAGGAUGGGCUAUAUAUGAAUCUGGGUCUGAUGGUGAUAAACACGUGAAAAGUCAUGAAUACCUCUACGACGUUAUAUCGUCUUGGGAGAUGAAGCAACAAAAAGCUGGAAGUACUGGUAUGUAUGGUACUCUCAAUAAAAAGGCAUCACAGACAGUAAGCGCCGGAGAGAACAGAUUUGUGUUCAGGAAGCGUCUGUUCCGAACACCUCGGGAGAUUCCCAGUGAUCCUGUACAAGUGAACCUCCUCUAUGCCCAAGCUGUACAUAGUGUUGUCCGGGCAGACGAUUUCCCAAUCAACGAAAAAGUCGCACUCCAGUUAGCAGGUCUUCAAGCACAAGUAGCGCUUGGUGAUCCACAAGACGGCAAGACGGAGUUUUAUGCUGAUAUGCAGUCAUAUCUGCCCAACCGUAUUGCCCAGACUAAAAAACAAGCAGAAUGGGUGCCCAUCCUGGCUCAGGCUCAUCGCCAGUAUGGUACGGGGAAGACAGAUAUUGUAGCCAAAGUGUGGUACUUAACGUGUGUUAUGCAGUUUCCACUCUAUGGAACCACCAUGUUCCAAGUGUCUUACCGAGGAUAUUGGUCGUACGGCAACACGCUCAUUUUGGGAAUUAACUGUGAUGGAAUUGCUAUGAUCAAACCAGAUGAUAAGUUUAUUUUAUAUGAAUACAGAUAUUGUGAUAUAGAAUCAAUCUUCUUAGAUCCCAGUGACAACUUUAUCACCAUCAACUUACUGCGCACACUGCCAGACACACACAAGUGUUUUGUGUUUGAGACCAGAGAGAAGCAAGAGAUUGGCUUUCUUAUUGCCAGUUACUCACCCUUGUUGGCCUCCUGGAUCAAAGAUAUGGACUCCAACAAAAAGGUGAAGCAAAUUACAGGUGAAGACAGGGUCAGACUAUACUACAACCUGGUGCAUACCAGACGACAAAUCAUUGAUGCCGGUAUACUCAGGAAACCUCAGGACCAGGGCGGUAACUUCAUUGUUAGCACGCUCAGAAGAUUAAAUAAGCAAAAGCUGGAAAAGCUGCGUCAAGACUAUGGGGAAAACUCAGAGACAUACAAAGGCUUCCAUCACAUGUUUUGGGCGUUCUCCAAGGCUCAGCUCAGCCAAACCCUCACCAAAAUACCAACGCCGGAAGUGGAACAACAAGCACUCCAAAUUUCUCUUGUUAUUCUUACUUAUGCUGGUUUAAAUCCAAAUGCGGAAGCAGCAGUGACGAGUGAUGACCAACAACUGACUAUGGUGCAGGGUGUGGUAGAGCAGUGCAUGAAGAGAGAUCUCCUCCUCAAUGAAACCUACCUCCAACUCAUAAAACAGACUACAGAUCAUCCAGAUCCUAACUCCCGAGUUAACCUUCGACACUGGUCGCUGCUGACACUCUUCUGCUCUGUAAUACCUCCUACUGAUAAAACUAUACGGAAAUACUUGCGGGCGCACUUGCAGCGUUGUGCAACGGAUUACGUAUCUGAAGAAGGCAAAUACGCUCGUUAUGCUGAGAAGUGUUUAAUAAAAGCACUCAACAAUCGACGCAGGCAGUGGGCACCUUCCAAGCAAGAGAUUCUUUGUACCAUAAAUCGCAGACCAAUUUAUGCUAGGUUCCACUUCAUGGAUGGCCAGUUUCAUUCCCUUGAAUUUGAUGCUUCAGCCACCGCUGCAGAAGUUGUUCAACUCAUAAUGCACAAAAUUGGCUUAAAAAAUACAGCUAAAGGCUAUUCAAUCUAUGAGAUGUUGGGAACAACUGAACGAUGUAUAAUAUCAGAAGAGGUGUUGGCUGACGUCAUGUCUAGAUGGGAGCGAUAUCGCCAGUCCACCGCAGCCACGCAGCAUCACACCCAUCAUAUCUUCCUCUUUAAGAAACAUCUUUUGUUGGAGUCGUGGCUUGAUCUUAGUGAUAAUGUAGAGAAGGAGUUGCUCUAUUUCCAAGUUCUCUACACUCUGCGUGCUGAUAAAUUCCCAGUCACACAGAUGGAGGCUGUGAUGUUAUGUUCCCUAAGAGCCCAGAUAGAGCUGGGUAACUUCACUGGAGCAAACAUGGACUAUGGAGAGGUGAUAGCACACACACUCUCACCACGGCUUUUAUCAAAUGUGACUCAUGAGGCAGUGGCCAUGCACCACCAGAGUUUGUUUAAUAUGGACUCACAAGAGGCAAAACAAGCCUUCCUCAAUCUCAUCAAAUCUUGGCCAUUGCACAGGGCCACAAUAUUUGAUGUCACGCAAUCAUUUACCUCCAACUGGCCAAAGGUUCUCUGGCUAGCUAUUGAUGAGAGCGGCGUCCACUUGCUGGAACACCGUUCAAGAAAUGUCCUCUGUACGUAUGAGUACGACUAUAUUCUGAAUUACUCGGCUUCCAUCACAGCUCUCAUGAUUAUUACUGGAUCAACACGAAAACAGAGCAAAAUUAUUCUCAACACUACACAGGCUUUUAUGAUCGCUACUUUAAUCAAAGACUACACAGAAGUUUUGAGGGAGAAUCUUGGCGUGAGCAGCGAUGGUCCUCCUCCUGCUGGACUAAUGGCACCACCUGCAGCACAAGAAGCGGUACCUCAGGAACCCCGACGUUCCCGCCCUCACAGUAUUAUGGCUCGACCACCACCCACGUUAACGGAAGAACUGGUCACUCAGUGAUCCCCUCAUACUUGUUGUUUCUGUCAUCCACACUCCACUUAAUUCUUUGAAUAUCUUUACAAUAUUGUUAAUUGAGCCUUUACUUAAAAUUAUGACUUUCUGCAAAAUACUGACAAAUUCUGUACUGCUGUAUUUAUCCUUGAAAUAAUUGUAUGAGUAAGGCUGACUAAUAAUCAUAUGAUUACUUUAAAAAAAUAUUACUUUCAGACAGAGAGGUUAAGUGCCAGAAUAAUCAUACAGUAUUUAACAAAAAAGAUAUGUUGUGAUAAUAUACAGUGUCAAUUCAUAAUUUUUGUCAGUUUGUGUUUCAAAGAUGGAUACUGUAAUAGUGCAGUCAGUAGUAGCAGUUUGAAUAUUAUUUAAUCCAGUUUACAGUACCUGAGAAUACUUGAUAAAUGACAAGUUAAUAUGUACUGUAACUUUAACUUUGUGAGUUACUAAAGAAUUUUCAAUCAAAUUUGUUUAAAUCUUUUUCAAAAACUUGCUUACCCCAGAGUAUUAUAUAUACAGUGGACCCCCGGUUAACGAUAUUUUUUCACUCCAGAAGUAUGUUCAGGUGCCAGUACUGACCGAAUUUGUUCCCAUAAGAAAUAUUGUGAAGUAGAUUAGUCCAUUUCAGACCCCCAAACAUACACGUACAAACGCACUUACAUAAAUACACUUACAUAAUUGGUCGCAUUCGGAGGUAAUCGUUAUGCGGGGGUCCACUGUACUGCGUACUUACUUGUCUGUUCUUACCUAUAUGUGGUAGCAGGGGUCAAGUCUCAGCUCCUGGCCCUGGCUUUCAAUUUUCUGCUUGCCAAAAUCACUCACUUCUAGCCUUAUGUGCCAUGUCACACCUGCUCUUCAAACUGUGGAGUCUGCCCCCACUACUUCCUCAUUCAAAUCAUUCCACUUCUUGACCACCUUUAAACUAGCGAAGUACUUCCUGACAUUCCUGUGGCUCAACUGUGUCUUUAUCUUCUGGCUGUGACUCUAAGUACCUGUUUCCCACCACAAUGGCCUAUCUGUCUACUUUAUCAAUUCCUUUGAGUAUUUUGUAUGCUAUCAUGUUUUCCCUGGUUCUGUUUUCCAGUGUUAAUAGAUUCAGUUCUGAUAAUCUCUUCUCAUAGCUCAUACACUUCAGUUCUGGAACUAGUCAUGUUACACACCUCUGCACACUCUCCAGUUUGUUUAAAUGUUUUCUCAGGUGUGGAUUCCAUGCUGGUGCUGUAUACUCCAAGAUUAGCUUGACAUAAGUUGUACAGUAGGGGCCCCUCUUUACUGCAUUUCACUUUACAGUAUUCCACUAAUAAAGACAUUUCAAAUUAUGACCAAAACUUGCUGUAUGGCUCCCCCACCUGAUUUUCUAAUAUGGUCAUCGCGUCCCACCCGGUUUGUUUACAUUCUCCAUGAGCACUGCAUCUCUCCAUUAUGUUUUAAAUCUACUCUGAUAAUUAUACUUAUGUGUACCUGUACUUAAACUUAUACACUGUGCUGGCAUGCAGGUACACAUUAAAAUCACUAAGUGUGUCUUAUUAGUCUUGAGGACACCAUAUUAAUAAUAAUAAUAAUAAUAAUAGUGAUAAUAUGCAAUAAUAAUCACUCUGAGGCACAUUAAAUGUCAUAUACAGUAUUAUAUAUUAUUAUAUAUUACGUUAAUAUACACAUUUUCAAUAAUCCAUCUUUGAUAUUUUUUGAAAAUUAUAUAAUAAACAUGCUACAUAACAUAUAAACAUAAUAAAUACACCCCACAGUAGAAUAAAUUAACAUAAAUAUGAGAUGUUUUUCUAGUCAUCGGAAUGUCAGAAAGAAUAACGUUUUCUCUAGUUCAACACCAAAGAAAAUGUGUACGCAGUAUUACUGGUGGGGUAACUGGGAAUGAAGAGAGAGAGAGAAAGCUUGUGUUUUGUUGGAAGCUAAAUAAUAUUGUAUUUAUUAUUAUUAUUAUUAAAGAGAGAGAGAAAGCUUGCAUUGUGUUGGAAGCUAAACAAUACAGUAUUGUAUUUAUUAUUAUUUUUAUUAACACAUUGGCGAAUUCCCACCAAGGCAGGGUGGCCCGAAAAAGAAAUACUUUCAUCGUUCAAUCCAUCACUGUCUUGGCAGUUUAUAAAACUGCAGCAUUAACACCCCUCCUUCAGAGUGCAGGCACUGUACUUUCCAUCUCCAGGACUCAAGUCCAGCCUGCCAGACUUGAGUCCUGGAGAUGGAAAGUACAUUAUUAUUAUUAUUAUUAUCAUUAUUGUUAAUAUUACCAUCAUAAUACAAUUGUGUUUGUUUACAUCGUCUGUGCCUCUGUCCUCUCUCUCAUUUACUCAUUCUCUCUCUUGUUUAUUUGUUUAAUCUUGUUUACUCACCUCUUACCCUACAUUAAGACUAGAAAUAUUGUAAGGUAAGUAAUGAGUGAAUUGUAUGUGUAUUUUAUCACUCUGGGACGCUUUAAAUGUUAAGUGGAUGGGGCUGGCUACCAUACCAACGACACCUGAUUUCUUACUAUAAAUACUACUCAUCACACCCUACAUUAAGACUACAAAUAAGUGGAAAAAAGGGCCCUCCACUUUAUGACGAUUUCCACUUUACGGCAAUAGCCUGGAACCUAACCUGCCAUAUAAGUGGGGCUCUGCUGUAUAAAGGGCCCAAAAUGACUGAGAUUUCUGAAAGCUACUUUUAGAUGUGCCAGAUAACCAUUAGCUACAAAGAUUCAGUUGAUGUGAAAGUGGUUAGGAAGUGGAAUGAUCUUCAUGAAGUUGUGGAGGCAUGCUCCAUACGUAGGUUUAAGAGCAGGUAUGAAAUGGCCCACAAGGCUAGGAGGGAGUGAAUCUGGCAGACAUGUUGAAGGGCAGGAGCUAGGACUUGACCCCCAACAACCACAUGUAGGUAAGUAUAUAAAUGUACAGAUACAGUACCUCACAAAAAUAUCCCCUUUGUAUAAUCUAUGAAUUUAAACUGAGUUCAUAAAAAAAUAUAUCAGCUCUUAAAAAUCUCAGUGGAAGGCUGAGACAGUGUACAUGACAGAUCUCUAUAUAUAAUAUGUGAUGUUGCUGGGCCAGACAAUGGCAGACUCUCCACUUCCAUGCACUGACUUGCUCAAGAGCUUAGCGUGCCGACUGGUUCCUAGUGAUCUCUCGCAUGCAGCAACAACCAAAGCCAUGUGUUAGUGUUUUGUGCCAAGUAUUGGCUCUGUUUUUUCUUUCAGCAAAGUGCUUUUAAGUGUGAAUGUCUCUGAAUGAUGAUAUUUUUUGGUGGUUAAUUCUCAUCUCCUGGAAUAAUUAUACAGUUCAUACAAAAACUUGUUCACAAUGUUUCCUUCUCGUACAAAUAUUAUUAAUAUUACAUACAUGUGUGUGUAUAUAUAUAUAUAUAUAUAUACACUAAAAAUAUUAAUUACCUUGAAAAGAAUAAACCUCUUAAAUUGCAUUGGAAUUUAGGAUGUUGUGUACUAAAACAAAUUAGAUGCUAUUCAUUCCUAGUACAUUAUUUUCCAAACUUUUGUAAAGUUAUGCCCAAAAAAGUCGUUAAUUAACCAUUUAAGUAGUUAAUUGAGCAUAUAUUUCUGGUGCUACAUGUUUGUUGAUUGUUUUCUACAUACAAUGUAGGAUACUUGGUUUUUGUGUAAUAUCUUGUUGAUGAGUCUGAUAGUGACUGCAGACCUGUGUUGUGAGUACUGGCCAUCAGUAGUGCCUUCUAUUUAAAUACUAUUUAUCACUGCUGAUGAUUGUAUCACUGUUAAAUGAGCCAAUAUGUGAUACUCUUGGUAAUUAAAAUCUUUAUUAAGUGAAGUCUGCAUUAUCUAAAUAUUUGGUGCACAUUUUUUUGUAAGAGUUGAAACGGUUGUAAUUAUUCCCAUAUUAAAUAUAUGGUGCAAGUAAAUCCUCAGAGCUCCUUUUUAAAGUAGCAUAAUGAACUAUGCUGCAGUUGUCUGUCAAGACAGGGAGUAUGUGAUUAAUAUAUUCAUGUUUGUCUGUGUUACUCAAGACAGGAAAUAAUCAUGUACCUCCCUAGUUCAGCUCAUGCUAGUCGUUACUAUUUCACUUUGAACUAUUUUUAGUUAUUAAUUUAAAUGCUCUGGUUUGGUUUUAUGUAUAAUGAUUCCAGACUUUUUUUUUCUUACUCAGUGAAUGUAGUGUGCAAGCAUAACAAGUUAUAUGAUAACUAUUAAUUGUUGAACAAUAUGAUGCUAAUGAUCAAAGUUUUUACAUGUAUUUUUGUUUUUAGGAAAACUGUGUAUAUAGUGUAAGAAGAAAAUAUAAUCGUUAAAUAUGGUCUCCAGAUAAGAGUAAAAUAACAUCUUUAAAGUGAAGAAAAAAAUUUGAUUAAUUAAUAUUUCCUGAAGCCUUUCCUCGAUUUACUUUUAAAUGCAGUUUUUUAUUUCAAGGCAUUUCCUUUUUUUGUGAUACCAUCCUUCAGACAAAAUAAAUAUUAACAUUGUAUCAGAGGUCCUAAAAAAUUAUCUACAAAUAUUUUUGGUCUCAGCUCAGGUGAGUUAACAUGACAGCUGUAAAUCAGAUGGCUAAAAUGAAAGAAUAACUAAUAGUUAAUUAUGAUAUUUUCAUUAGUAUUUGGUAAGGGUUUCUGUAAUAAAGAGGGAUGGCAUUUGACAUAAUAUCCCAAGAGACCAGAGUCUGACUGUAUAAACUAGGUUGGUCUGCAGGCCAAGAAAAGCUAGUUUAACCACAUGAACAGGUUAAACUGGUAAGCCAGGAAAGCCUAGUUUAACCACAUGAACAGGUUAGACUGGCAGGCCAAGAAAGACUAGUCUAACCACAUGAACAGGUUAGACUGGUAGAUCAAGACCCAGAUCUGACUGCAUUAAGAAGUUGGUCAUUUUAAGAGGUCUGCACAAAGAUGAUCGCUCUGGACACGAUGGUGGAAGAUGACAAAUAGAUGUCAGCUUAAACUCUUGCUUAUCAAAAUGUGAUGUAUUUCAAUAUGAAAAAUAAGAUUAAUUAUGAUACAUCAUCUUUUGCUAUCUAUCCAAAUAUUCCAGAAUGCCUUAAUGUUUAGAGUUUGCUUCCUGUGCAGUAUUUGUGUAAUGUGAUUAUGGGAUGAAUAUGAAUGUAUUAUUGUAACCACAGUUAUGUGAAACAGAUUCUCCUCAUGCCUUUUGUACUUAUAUUUUUACCAAAGAAUCUCUCGAUGGUAGCAUGAACGUGUGUAUAUAUUUAUUAUAUGGUGACUCGUGAUGAGAAACCGCUUCUUUGUUUAACUUUGGCAUGACUUUGACUGAGAUAAUUUAUGUCACAUUUUUAACACAAUGUAACGAACACAAAAUGACUGUUAAUAGUGUCCCUUUAUGCAAAAUAAGAUAAUCUUCCUUAAAAUCACUCUGAUAUUACAAUGGUGUGUAUAUGAUGCUACAGUACAAUUAUUCAACAUUUUGUCAAUAGGAAUUUUCUAAACGAUUAAACUAGAAAGCUGUAGAAUUUAUUUUCUAUUUUUUCAAGAGUAAGGCCGCCAUAAGAAAAGCUCAUUAUAAACUAGCAGACAUUGCAGAUACAAGAAUGUGCUAGGAGAGAUUGAAAGUUGUAAAACAUUGAACAUGGACAGUGUUACUAUUAUAUUCUUAAGUGUCUCUUCAGUAACUAGUUUUGAAAUGAUGAGUGUGUACAAGGUUGUUAACUGUUAUUUAUUACAAGUCAGUACCUAGAAGGUGGGUGUUCAUCUCUUACUGAUUGUGUUGCAUCAAGGGUCUCUGGUACAAUUAUUAUAUACCCAGUCCUUCACAAUUAUUAAAAAAAAAAGUAAACUUGAGUGAUUUUUAGUUGGUAUUAUAGUGUUUUUCAAUUAUUUAUAGGCUAUGUUUUUAUUUUAUUAUAUACAUAUAUAUAUUUUUAAAUAUUUUUGGCUGCAUAUGAGAUGUAAAAUCUCAUUUAAGAAGACGGAAUGUGAUGGUAUUAUCAAGAACACAACAUUAAUGAUUGUGUGAAACUCUCAAUGAGCUUUUGUAAAUCUUGUCAGUGGUAUGUAAGAUGUUAUUUCUACACAAAUAUAUAACAUUAAUUGUA